CAUCACUGUAUGCCGAUCAGCUGGGGCUUGUCAAAACGGUAUUACAUUCCAUUCAGCUCUUUUGUUUUGAAUCCCGCACCAGCCCCGCGUUUGUUGUGAUAUUGUGCAAAUGUUAGUGAUAAGAGUCGACGAAAGCAACAUCAACGUGUAUCAACAGCCUCCAUCGGGAAGGGUGGCUUUACUAUCACAGGACUGCCCCAUUGUACGGUAAAGAGUGCGUGAAUCUACGUGCGGUUGGGUUUAUAUUUCCGUCGGAGAGUUGCAAAUAGCGCGAUCGAGAGACGAACUUGUCACCUAUCUCCAAGCAGUUCGGGACAACCGUCGCAGAACCGUGGUGCUACUGUGAAGUGUUUUUGCGCAUCGAUACUGCUUGCAGAAACACUUUUUAGUUUCAACUGGUUGUUGGAACAGUCCUUUGUUUUGGACGGAUGCGUCAUCAAUAGACAUAGAUGUGUAAUCUUCGCUUUCCAAGAACGGGUAUAAAAACAUUCUUAAAAGAUAGUUGAAACUCUUUUCACCAAGGUCACACGUAAACGUAGCGCGUGAAAGCCAUACGAACAGGGAAAAAAGCAUUUAUUUUUUUGAAUUUGAAUGUAACAUUAUCUGGCGCAAAAUGGACGACAAUGAAAGCACUCCGGUAGUUGAACUCGUGACGCAAGAAACACCUCCCGUACUGGAACGGAAGUAUCGAUAUUUAAUACUUGAACCAGCCGUGCUGCUAAUGUUCUUUGCCUGGAAUGUUUCAUCUGCCGUCUUUGCAAACCAAAUCGUGUACCAAACGUGUACCGCUGCCUUUGGAAAGAAUGAAUCGCUGUGCGAUCAACUCGGCACGGAAAAUGAAACGGAAGAGAUACAGGAGCUGGAAAAGGCGGUUCAACCAUACUCGGCUAACAUCUUGAUGGCAAAAUCGUUGGUGGAAUCGAUCGUGCCAGCAUUUUGCAGCAUGUUCAUUGGACCUUGGUCGGAUCGAUUCGGCCGGAAACCGGUGCUAAUUUCUUGCUUUACGGGUUCAUUUUUAACCUACGCCAUUGUGGCGCUGAUUAGCUUCCUAUCCAUGUACUACACAAUCAACCCGUGGUACUAUGUGCUGGCCUCGAUCACGACAGCACUGUCCGGUGGCACUUGUGCGCUGAUUACCGGAGUGUUUUGUUACAUUGCCGAUGUGACUCAGGAGAAAAAUCGCGCGACAAAAAUGGCAGUCGUGGAAGCGGCUAUAUUUACCGGACUACUGGCGGGAACCUUGAGCAGCAGUUUUAUUCUCCGGUGGACAAAUGGUGCCACCGUGUUCACAAUUGCAGCCAGCGCCGUAUUUCUCGGUUUGCUGUACAUAGUAUUUUACAUCGAGGAAAGCAUAAAACCGAACGAACUGAGUGAAACGAACAACAAAUUACGGGAACUUUUCCGAUUGGAUUUGGUUUCCGAGCUUAUGCAGACGUGCUUCAAGCGACGACCGAAUUACGAUCGACUGAUCAUUUGGCUGGUAAUUUUGGCACUCGGAGCUAACAUCUUCGCUAUGGAUGGGUCCCAGACAGUGUUUCUGCUCUUUUUGCGAGAACGUUUCGAAUGGACAGUGAAGGACUACUCGUAUUACGAUGCGGCUAGCAUUGUUUUUAUGAUUUUCGGUAACACGGUCGGUCUGUACGUGAUACGGAAGCUUUUCAACUUAUCCGUCACAAUGCUAGCCGCCCUCGGGUUCUGCUUCUAUGCGAUCAACAGCACAAUUCAUGGUCUAGCGACGGAACCAUGGCACUUGUACAUGGGAGUAGCGAUUUGCUUUAUGAAAGGAAUAGCGGGUCCGAUGAGCAGGGCCGUUAUCUCAAACACUGCACCGCCCCAUGAUAUUGGUAAGAUUUUUUCGCUGACAACAUCGAUCGAGUCAAUAACACCGCUAAUCUCGGCCCCACUGUACACCAACGUGUACAAGAGCACUCUGUCGUGGUAUCCGGGAGCGUUUAAUUUAAUCACUGCCACCGUGUAUUUCACCUGCUCGUGCCUAAUGAUAUUUGUAAAAAUUUUCCAAAGUAUGUAUCAAACCACUACAUACACAUCGAUUAAUUAAACAGACUAGACAGAUGUUUUAGAACAUAGCUCUACAAAGGCUAACAAACUCACGGGUUAUGGUACCACUAAUAUGCAUCUGUUAAGAUAUUUGGAAUGUGAUAAAUAAAUUAUUUUAGUACGACAUUUUGCAUAACAUCA